AUGGCAACACUAGACAUGCUAAAAACUCCUUUAGAAAUGAAUGAUUUGUUACCAAUAUUCAUUAAGAAUUUGCUUGGACUUCGGUAUACAUUGCUGUCACUUAAUAAUAAAAUUUUAAGCAUCACAAGAGCACAAAGAGAAUGUAAUCAAUACCCUCCUCCCUUUAUUAUCACUUCUAAUACUUCUGAGAUUAAAUGGCAAAAAUGCUAUAUUUGA